UCUCGUGGGCUGGUCCGCGGCGGCUCCCUCCCCCGAACAGCUGCCGCCGCGGGAGGACGCGGCGCGGGAGCUGUCCGGCACCCCGGUGCUGAAGCCCCGGCCGCUCGUCCUCCACCAACACCAUGUAAGGGCCAUGAAAAGGGCUCGUCCUGGCGCAGCGCGGACAUGGAGGAGGACUUAUUCCAGCUAAGGCAGCUGCCGGUGGUGAAAUUCCGUCGCACGGGCGAGAGUGCAAGGUCAGAGGAUGACACGGCUUCGGGAGAGCAUGAGGUCCAGAUUGAAGGGGUCCGCGCGGGCCUAGAGGCUGUCGAGCUGGACGAUGGGGCAGCUGUGCCCAAGGAGUUUGCCAAUCCCACUGACGAUACUUUCAUGGUGGAAGAUGCGGUGGAAGCCAUUGGGUUUGGAAAAUUUCAAUGGAAGCUGUCUGUUCUCACAGGCUUGGCUUGGAUGGCCGAUGCUAUGGAGAUGAUGAUUCUGAGCAUCCUUGCUCCACAGCUGCACUGCGAGUGGAGACUCCCCAGCUGGCAAGUUGCAUUGCUGACCUCGGUAGUCUUUGUUGGCAUGAUGUCCAGCUCUACGCUCUGGGGAAACAUCUCAGACCAGUAUGGCAGGAAAACAGGGCUGAAGAUCAGUGUGCUCUGGACUCUGUACUAUGGCAUCCUCAGUGCUUUCGCGCCCGUGUACAGCUGGAUCCUGGUGCUCCGGGGCCUGGUGGGCUUCGGGAUCGGAGGGGUCCCCCAGUCGGUGACGCUAUAUGCUGAGUUCCUUCCCAUGAAGGCCAGAGCUAAGUGUAUUUUGCUGAUUGAGGUCUUCUGGGCCAUUGGGACAGUGUUCGAGGUCAUCCUGGCUGUGUUUGUGAUGCCCAGCCUGGGCUGGCGCUGGCUACUCAUCCUCUCGGCUGUCCCGCUGCUCCUCUUUGCGGUCCUGUGUUUUUGGCUGCCAGAGAGCGCAAGGUAUGAUGUGCUGUCUGGGAAUCAGGAAAAGGCCAUUGCCACCUUAAAGAGGAUAGCUACGGAAAAUGGAGCGCCCAUGCCGCUGGGGAAACUCAUCAUCUCCAGACAGGAAGACCGAGGCAGAAUGAAGGAUCUUUUCACGCCCCAUUUUAGAUGGACAACUUUGUUGCUCUGGUUUAUAUGGUUUUCCAAUGCGUUUUCUUACUAUGGAUUAGUUCUACUCACCACUGAGCUCUUUCAGGCAGGAGAUGUCUGCAGCAUCUCUAGCCAGAAGAAGGCAGUAGAAGCGAAAUGCAGCCUGGCCUGUGAGUACCUCAGUGAGGAGGACUACAUGGAUCUGCUGUGGACUACUCUCUCUGAGUUCCCAGGUGUCCUUGUGACUCUAUGGAUUAUUGACCGCCUGGGCCGCAAGAAGACCAUGGCCCUUUGCUUCGUCAUCUUCUCCCUCUGCAGCCUCCUGCUGUUCAUCUGUGUUGGAAGAAAUAUGCUUACUCUGUUACUCUUCAUUGCAAGAGCAUUUAUUUCUGGAGGCUUCCAGGCAGCCUAUGUUUACACACCUGAGGUCUACCCCACGGCAACUCGAGCACUGGGCCUGGGCACCUGCAGUGGCAUGGCAAGAGUGGGUGCUCUCAUUACUCCGUUCAUUGCUCAGGUCAUGCUGGAAUCCUCCGUGUACCUGACGCUGGCGGUUUACAGUGGCUGCUGCCUCCUGGCUGCCCUGGCCUCCUGCUUCCUGCCCAUCGAGACCAAAGGCCGCGGACUGCAAGAGUCCAGCCACCGGGAGUGGGGCCAAGAGAUGGUCGGCCGAGGGACGCAUGGCACAGGCGUCACCAGGUCGAACUCUGGCUCUCAGGAGUAGUGACCGAUGCGGGGCUGAGCUGGUCUUUGAGGCUGUGGGAUGCAGGGAGCUGGUGGAG